GUGCUGCGGUGCGGGGGGCGGGCGGGCAGGCUGGAGAGGAGCAGCCCGGGCCGGGUGGGGAGCCCAUACCGAAGCACGGACCAGACGCUUUGUUAGCUGGAGGCCCGGACUGCCUGAUCCGGGAGGUGGAGCCUGGUUCUGGACUCUUGUACGUAGUUUCGUUUCUGGCCAUUUUUUCUACCGCCAAAUGGUGAGUUAGGGCUGUGGAUCUUGAGAGAUGGCGUCGUGUAAAGGAAAGAGCCUACUUUGACUAAGUCUUGGGUCAGACUUCCUGAACCUGAGUUUACACCUGUGUAACAUAAAGGAGUUCGACUAAGUGAAGUCUGAGAUCACUACAACUCUGAAGUUUCCAAAGGGGAGAAGACAGGAGAAGGAAGCAGAAUCUGUGCCAGACUCUGCAGACGAUUCAGUGAAUGACCCCGAUUUAGUCCUUCCACCCCUCACCUACUCAGCUUUUUAUCUGUGAAGUGCAACCAUCCAUUUCCUGGUCUUAACUCCCAUACCACAGGAGUGGGCCCAUGAAUCAAGCCAACCGAAGUACCAUAAUUCCUCAGUCAUAGGGAUUGGUUUAGGAAUGGGCAGGUUAACAAAAGGAGCCAAUCAGAGACAACCUCACCAUUUUGGCUAGCAUUAUUGAGAAAGAGGCACCUCACUCUGGCUGAAGUGAAGCAAAAACUUAAAUUAUCUGUGGCCUUUGGUCACCAUGUGGCAUGAACAUGUCUGAGAAAGAAAUCAUUACAAGACAAUAGAGGCAGUCUCGAUGGUAUUGCAAGAGGAAAAAAGUGCUCAUGAAUUGAGACAUAUUUCUUGGCUCUCUCCUCAGAGUUGAAACCCUAAGGGGUAAGGGAUAGACACUGCCAGGAAGACUUCGGAAUUCAAAAACAGGGAGCUUGUGGCUUGGGCCCUGUUUCCCACCUGGAACUUUGCCCAACACAGGCAACUACAAUCAAGUAGAAAUGGCAACAUAAUAUGUUUAAGCAGAUGGCCAGGCAGCAUUGAUAACCACUCCCACUCCUGCAUGUUCCUUGACUACACUGAACUGAAAAGGAGAUACAGAAUUCCUUAAGAGAGAAGACAACCCAGAAGUAAUAAUCUAUCACAGAAGGAGAUGGCAUAAGGGCUGGACCAAGAAGAUGGACAGUUGGAAGGAAAGCUGGUUUGGAUGACUUGCUCUGCUUAUUCCAGGGGUGUGUUUCGUCGAGAUACACACAAGAGUGAGAUUGCUCAUCGGUUUAAUGAUUUGGGAGAAGAAAAUUUCAAAGGCCUGGUGCUGAUUGCCUUUUCUCAGUAUCUUCAGCAGAGCCCGUUUGAUGAGCAUGUAAAAUUAGUGAAUGAAGUAACCGAGCUUGCAAAAACAUGCGUUGCUGAUGAGUCAGCUGCAAAUUGUGACAAGUCACUUCACACUCUCUUUGGAGAUAAACUGUGUACAGUUGCAUCCCUUCGUGAAACCUAUGGUGAAAUGGCCGACUGCUGUGCGAAACAAGAGCCUGAGAGAAAUGAAUGCUUCCUGAAACACAAAGAUGAUAAUCCAGACCUCCCUAAGUUGAAACCAGACCCUGAUACUUUGUGUGCCGAGUUUAAGGAAAACGAACAGAAGUUUUGGGGAAAAUACCUAUAUGAAAUUGGCAGAAGACACCCCUACUUUUAUGCCCCAGAACUCCUUUACUAUGCUCAUCAAUAUAAAGGAGUUUUUGCAGAAUGCUGCCAAGCUGCUGAUAAAGGUGCCUGCCUGAUACCAAAGAUUGAGUCUGUGAGAGAAGAAGUACUGGCUUCAUCUGCCAGACAGAGACUCAAGUGUACCAGUAUCCAAAAAUUCGGAGAAAGAGCUCUAAAAGCAUGGUCAGUAGCUCGCCUGAGCCAGAAAUUUCCCAAGGCUGAUUUUGCAGAGGUUUCCAAGAUAGUGACAGAUCUUACGAAAGUCCACAAGGAAUGCUGCCAUGGUGACCUGCUUGAAUGUGCAGAUGACAGGGCGGAUCUUGCCAAGUAUAUAUGUGAAAAUCAAGCUACAAUCUCCGCUAAACUGAAGGAGUGCUGUGAUAAGCCUCUGUUGGAAAAAUCCCACUGCAUUGCUGAGGUGGAAAAAGAUGAGGUGCCUGAAAACCUGUCCCCAUUAGCUGCUGAUUUUGCUGAAGAUAAGGAAGUUUGCAAAAACUAUAAUGAAGCAAAAGAUGUCUUCCUGGGCACGUUUUUGUAUGAAUAUGCGAGAAGACAUCCUGAGUACUCUGUCUCAUUGCUGUUGAGAAUUGCCAAGGGAUAUGAAGCCACACUGGAGGAUUGCUGCGCCAAAGAUGAUCCUCCUGCAUGCUAUGCCACAGUGUUUGAGAAACUUCAGCCUCUUGUGGAUGAGCCUCAGAAUUUAAUUAAACAAAACUGUGAACUUUUUGAAAAACUUGGAGAGUAUCUAUUCCAAAAUGCGCUCAUAGUUCGUUACACCAAGAAAGUACCCCAAGUGUCAACUCCAACUCUCGUGGAGGUCUCAAGAAACCUAGGAAAAGUGGGCUCUAGGUGUUGUAAACAUCCUGAAUCAGAAAGAAUGUCCUGUGCCGAAGACUAUCUGUCCUUGGUCCUGAACCGGUUGUGCGUGUUGCAUGAGAAGACACCAGUGAGCGAAAGAGUUACCAAAUGCUGCACGGAGUCCUUGGUGAACAGACGGCCAUGCUUUUCUGCUCUGACAGUCGAUGAAACAUAUGAACCCAAAGCUUUUGAUGAGAAAACAUUCACCUUCCAUGCAGAUUUAUGCACACUUCCCGAGAAUGAGAAACAAAUCAAGAAACAAAUUGCACUUGUUGAGCUGGUGAAACACAAACCCAAGGUAACAGAGGAACAACUGAAAACUGUUAUGGCGAAUUUUGCAGCUUUUGUAGACAAGUGCUGUGCAGCUGAUGACAAAGAGCCCUGCUUUGCUCUGGAGGGUCCAAAACUUGUUGUUUCAACUCGAGAAGCCAUAGCCUAAAAAGAACACAACCACAAGCAUCUCAGCCUACCCUGAGAGUAAGAGGAAAAAAAGAGAAAUGAAAACUCAGAGCUUAUUCAUCUGUUUUUCUUUUCUGUUGGUGUUAACCAACACCCUGUCUUAAGAACACAAAUUUCUUUAAAUAUUUUGCCUCUUUUCUCU